AUGUCUGUGUACGCCCCACAGAGGGGGCUCAGUGAUGUAGACAAGGACUUUUUCUAUGAUCAGCUUAAUGCGAUAACUGCUACGAUUCAAGCAUCAGAGCUCCUGAUCCCUUGUGGUGAUUGGAAUGGUCAUGUUGGCAGUACUGGUACAGGUUUUAGAGAAGUGCAUGGAGGUCUGGGUUAUGGCAGACUAGAUCCUGAUACUGAGGGAGAGAGGAUCCAGGAGUAUGCUUUAGCGCACAACUUUCUUCUAGGCAACACUUGCUUCAGGAAAUGGGACAGUCACCUCAUCACUUACAAGUCCGGAAAUACAGCAACACAUAUUGAUUUCAUCUUGUUCAGGAAGACAAUGCACAGGCAUGUGACAGAUGAGGUGUUGCCUGGGGAAGAGGUUGCUUUGCAGCAUCAGCUCCUGGUAUGCGACAUUCGUUCAGCCAUGCCAUCGAAGACAAAACGAAAGUUCUCACCUCAUCUGAAAGUGUGGAAACUGAAGGACCCUGAAACAUGCAGCCGCUUCCAAGAAGUCUUCAGUGAACACAUGCUUGCUUCUGAAAGUGAUGCCAACUCCAUAACUGAAGAAGUCUGGGCAAGUUCAAAACAGGUCUACCGAAGACAACUGAGGUGUGUGGCACAACAUGGCCACAUCAAUGGCGACGUGAAACCUGGUGGUGGUGCGAUGAGGUUGAAGGGGCAAUUGUGGCAAAAAGACAAGCAUUCAAGGCUUGGAAGGCUGGCAAGGGAACAAAAGAGGACUACUUGGUGGCCAAGCGUUCUGCAAGGCACAUAG